AUGGAUGGAGUUGAGGAUGCUUUGUGGGAUGAUCGUCGUAAUAGUUCCCAAGAUCUUUCAGAGGAUGAAGAAAAUAUGGAAGAUCUGUGGAAAGUAGUUGGAAAGUUUUGGCUGCCAAUUUUGUUCUUUCUGACGGUGCUUACAAACUUGGAUAAUCCAUUUACAAUAUUAUUCAUUAAACUGACCUUAUUCCUACUCAGCACUAAACCGAAUCCUUUCUCUGUCUAUGUUUUUGUUGAUCAGUUGUGCCAACAAUCUAUACGCGAAGAUACUAGUUUUUUUAACAAAAAGUCAGUAUAUGCCAGCAAAGUAGAAGUAGAGGACUAUAAGCUUCUUUGUCUGGCUGAUAUUGAAGUGAGAGAUCACAAGUUUACUUUGGUUGGAAUUCUCGGUACAUGGUGGACUCUUCGACAUUUACCAUCUUGGGAAGCACGAUCUUUGGUCGGAAGAAACAUCUUACUGCCAAGGAAUGAACAAGGAAAUCCUAUGUUGAACUGA